GGCCCGAGUGGCACUGCCCGGGCCAUUGGCCGCCGCGGGCGGCCGCGCGGCGCGGGAGAGGCAGGGGCGGAGGGCGGCGCGGCGCCCCGUGGCCCUGCGGGCGGUGCGGCGACCCUGCCACGGCGGCGAGCACCUGUCCAAGGAGAGCGGAAGGCCGAGCUGGUGGAGAUCGUGUCGCAGAUCUGCACGCCCGGCAAGGGCAUCACCGCCACGGACGAGGGCCCGGGCACCAUCGGCAUCCGCUUCGAGGCGGUGGGCGUGGAGAACACGGAGGAGCACAGGCGCCAGUACAGGCAGAUGCUGUACAAGACGCCGGGGAUCAACGAGCACCUGAGCGCGGCGAUCCUGGACCCAGAAACCAUCUACCAGAAGGACGACGACGGCAAGUUGUUCCCCCAGGUGCUUUCCGACCUGGGGAUCGUCCCGGGCGUCAAGCCCCACCUGAAGGUGUACCAGCUCCCCGGCACUGGCGGCGAUACCGUAAUGCAGGGACUCGACUCACUGGCCGCGCGUUGCGCUGAAUACAAGAAGGCGGGCUGCAAGUUCGCGAAGUGGAGGAGCCCGUUGGCGAUCACGGAGGACGGGUGCCCGACGGACCUGGCGAUCAGGGCCAACAUGGAGGACCUCGCCCGGUACGCUCUGAUCUGCCAGGACGAGGGUAUCGUGCCCAUCGUGGAGCCCGACAUCGUGAUGAAGGGCACGCACACGCUCAAGACCGCGGUCGAGGUGAACACUCAGGUGCAGUCCGCCCUCUACAAGGCGAUGCUGGACCACGGCGUCUUCAUGGAAGGCUGCGUCAUGAAGACGAACCUCGUCAACCCAGGCCUGGACUGCCCCCAGUCCUACACCGUUGAGGAGAUCGCGGACGCAAACCUGACGGUGCUCCGCAGGGUGAUGCCGAUGGCGGUUCCCGGGGUGAACUACCUCAGCGGAGGCCAGAGCCUCGAGGACGCGGCCGCGCGCCUGGACGCCAUGAACAAGAUGAAAACGAACGAGCCCUGGAACCUUAGCUUCUCUUGGAGCUGGGCGCUGCAGGCUCCCCUCUUCAAGCUAUGCGAGGGCAAGGGCGGCAAGAUGCCCCUCGACGACAUGGGCGCGCUGUACCUCAAAGAGCUCGGCACGGCCAGUGCCGCGGCCCUGGGCAAGCAUCAGCCAGCGCCGGGCGAUGGCGCGCACACAGCGAAGUAG